AUAUUCGUAUAUCGACUUUUCAAUUAUGAAUGGUUAAAUUUCAGAACAAAGCACUCUUUAUAAUCAAUUCUGUUUCUUAAUUAUAAUAUAAUUUUUUCUGUAUUGUUUAAGAAAUAAACUUAAAAAGUUUGCUAAAUUGUUUUGCAAUAAAAUCCAAGUGCGAUAAAUUAUGAUUGUACAUGAGUGGAAGAGCUGUGAGUUUUUCGACUUUUUGUUGCUCUCUAGAUGUUGUAACGUUGACGUACAAUCGGAAAUAAUUGCGCAUUGUGCCAAUGGAAACAUCUAUAUUUUCUGUGAAGUGUUGGGAGUAAUUCAUGUUUGCUUCAGAAACUCUUGGACAAUAAGUUUUCGUUAUCAAUGCUCUGAUGUUCGAUUCUGCGCUCUCACAACUAAUAACGAAUUCCUGGUUUUAGUAGCUGACGACCAAACUUCUAGGAAAAUUCGUGUAGAUGUAUUAAACAUAGCAAUACUUAACAAGCGCGAUGGCGCUCCAUGUGUAGCUUCAGCAGUUUUAAACCAUAAAGGACGUGUAACUACAGUCCGAACAUGCUUACUAAAAGAUCAUUUGUUAUGUAUUUCUAUUGGAUUGGAUAAUGGAAAUUUAUUAAUUCAUAGAUCGGUUAUAAAUCAGGAUAUGACGCCAAAUUUCUUGUGCAUUUCAACCGGCAAAUGUAGCAUUUUAGGUAUUGAAUUUCAACAUAAAAAAGAUUACCUUUACUUGUUUGUAUGCUCGGAAGAAAAAGUCUGUGUAUAUGAUAUAUUGGGUAAUAAUAUUAGUGUCGAACAAAAUUUAGAAUAUUUUUCAACAACUGUCAGUUCCUGCUCAAUUCUUCAUAACUCUGAAAAUUCAUUUUUUUUGAUUGGGAGAGAGGAUGCACUUUAUUGUUUCACAAUUGAUGGAAGAGGUCCCUGUUAUGCCAUUGGGGGAAGGAAAAAAGUUAUUGGUUGUCUAAAUCAAAAUGUUGUCAUGUUGAUGGAAUCUGAAGACAAUUGCCGAAAUUAUCUUAUAAUAAUAGAUAUCAACAACAGAGCUAUUGUUUUCCAAAAAGAAAUUCCAAACUCGAACAAACAUAUAUUUGUAACCAAUGAAAUCUCAUGCUAUAUAAUAUUCGGAAAUACCAUAUACAUUACUAAGGAACGAAGUCUUCAAAACAAAUUGCAGGUGUUAAUUAGUAGUAAUUUUUAUGAUCUUGCUCUAAGCAUUAUUGAUGAGGAAAAAAGAAAUUUCUUUGGAUGUGUUUUGUUGAAUUUUGGGGAUUACUUGCUUUCUAAAGGAGACAUAAUAUCUGCAACAAAUAAAUACAAAGAAACAAUAGGUCACAUAGAUUCUUACUUCAUUAUAAAACGACUCUUAAAUUCAAAGUACAGUUAUCACUUAUCGCUUUAUAUGAAUGAUUUGAUAAAUAUUGUUAAUGCUUCAAGUUCACAAAAGGAUCUUUUGAGGAGUUGUAAUACAAGAAAUAAUUUAAGAUAUAAGACUAUUACGGAUGAAAUAUGUUAUGAAAAUGAAUUUUCAAAAAAAUAUUUUUGUGAUUUAACAAUAACUACAUUGUCGGACUCCUAUGAGGAUGAUUUGUAUUAUGAGAUAAUAACAAAUCCUCCUAUGACAAUUUCGAAACAUUGGAAGACUAUUUUUAAGUCGAUUAAGUUGACUAAAAAUCCUGUACGUUAUAUAGCUCCUUUAAUUAAUACUCAAGAAAUUUGUAUUGAAUUUUUAGAAUACUUUAUGACAUUCAGUAACAAAAUGGUAGUAUUUGGCGUUCUCCUAGAAUUGCAUUUGAUUGAUUGGUACAGUGAACGCAAAGAUAUUUCAGAAAUAUUAAUUUUUUUACAAAAUAAUUUUACCGCAUAUUCAGAACAAGUUUUAAUAACUUUGGUAAACUAUUCGUUCUGGCCGGGCGUUAUUUAUUUAAAUGACAAUAUAAAGUUGUUACAAAUGCAUUUAAAGUAUUCCAUUAAGUGUUGUGAUUCAGAUAUACCCUUCAAUCUGACGAAAACAUAUGUUAUGAAUAAAAAUAUUAAUUUGCAGACAAUAGAAAUAGAGAAAUGUAGCUCCCAUAUCGCAAAGGAUCAUAUAGAUCGUAUAACAAGUAAAAUGCUGAAUGAAAAUAGACAAAAUAUACUACUAAUAGUUCAAGGAAUAUCAGUACGAACAAAUUUUAAAGUAAUUCACUUAAAGCAACUUUUUCGCAAAAAAAUAUAUGAUCACAAAAUAAAAUCUCGUAAUGAAGUUAAAGUAAUGGUUAAUUCUUUGCGAGGAUUUAUUGAUUUCUUAUCUAGUUUUAGAUUGCGUCCCAUUGAGAUCAGGAAAAGUGUAUGUGUUAUUUGUAAAUGUAAGUUGAGUUUGCCUUCCAUAUAUUUUUUAUGCCAACACGCUUUCCAUUUAGAAUGUGUAGAACACAAUUCAAAUGAGAAAUUGUGCCCUGUAUGUUUAGAUCAAAAAAACUUAAUCAAUGGUACUACAAACAAAAGUAUGGAUCAAAUUAAGUGGAGUAUGCCUAAUACAAUUGAAAUGCUUUCGAUUUUAUUUUCUAAGAACUUUAUAAAUAAUUCUAGUUAAAAUGUAUGCUUUUAUUUCUACAUUGAAUAAUAAAUAAUUAAAUAAAUAUUUGAAGGUUAUAUGCAAUAAUUUGUUAUUGGAGGGGGAAAGCAAAACACAUUUUAGAACAUUAAUUAUAGAAAUAGAGAGAACGUUUUGUACAUGUAAUUACCAUAAAUGGUAGAGUGAAACAAACAUGUUUGAUUAAAUAAAUGUUCUUUUUCUACCCAUAACAUUUUCUCUAUGAAAUUGAACUGGUGUAAAGGAAUUGUUUGAAAAUAACCGCGAAUUGAAAAAUAUCCUCUUAUGAUAUGGAUGCUUUUGUAAAUAUAAAUGCUAAGAUAUAUAUUUUAUAUUGUUCAUACUUAUAUUUGAUUAAAAUAAAAACGGAAUGAGAACAAUAAAGAAAAGUUUUAAAAUAAAUUGGAAAUAUAAUAUGCAGGGGGUCGUGGACGAUACUGUUUAAAAAAAAAUGAAUAGUUAACUGAACUAAAUUAUGAGUGAUUGUACUAACUUUGUCACACCGUCAGCGUAAAAGUUGAUAUUCGUUGUUGUUGUUGUAGUAACGAUUAUCCAUCCAGCAUAAUGGCCUCUCGUUGACACGUCUGUAUCUUCCUCUGCUGCGUGCCACUGCAUCCAGGCGACCAUACCGGUGCUGCGUAAUUUGCGACCGGCCGGUCGAUAGCCUUGUAAGUGGCCAGCAACGUUUCUUUGCUCUUUCCCCAAGUACUACCGGCUAGCGACUUCAGCAUUUUGUUGCGGCUCUGUACUUAAGUGAAUAUCGCGGUCGUGUUUGGAGUGAAGGAGUGCAGAUUGUCAAAUGUGACAACCAAAAUCUUGGGAUUAUUCACAUUCGGUAUUGGUGUUCCAUCGACGUGAAUAUUAAGAUUUAGUCUGUACUCCUUCGUCCAGUUGGAAAAGAUGGUCGCCGAGGAUUUGGCAGGUGCGAGUGCCAGGCUCCUCGCAGAGAAGAAGCGAGAAAGUUCGAGGAGGUAACUGUUCACUUUCGAACACAUGUCAUCGACGCCAGUGCCCGACGUCAUUAUCGUACAAUCAUCUGAGUAGGAGUUAACUGAAAUAACCUCUGGUUGUUGAGGAAGUUUAAAAAUAUAGAAAUUAAACAGUAACGGGGAGAGGACACUGCCCUGUGGAACCACCUGUUUAAUUUUCCUGAGUUUAGAUGUUUUCUUCUUCUUGACUGGCGUAGACAGCCGUUACUCGGUGAUAGCCGACUCCACAACAGCGCGCCACGCAUCUCUCCUUUUGGCAGUUUGGCGCCAAUUGGUAAUACCAAGUGAAGACAGGUCCUUCUCCACCUGGUCCUUCCAUCGGAGUGGAGGCCUCCCUCUUCCUCGGCUUUCACCAGUGGGUACUGCAUCGAAAACUUUCAGAGCUGGGGCACUUUCGUCCAUUCGAACAACAUGUCCUAGCCAGCGUAGCCGCUGUCUUUUUAUUCGCUGGACUACGUCUAUGUCGUCGGAAAACACAUACAGCUCAUCAUUCCAUCUUCUGCGGUAUUCGCCGUUGCCAAUGUUUAAGGGACCAUAAAUCUUCCGCAAAACCUUUCUCUCGAAAACUCCUAGUUCCGUCUCAUCGGAUGUUGACAUCGUCCACGCUUCUGCACCAUAAAGUAGGACGGGAAUGAUGAGGGACUUGUAGAGUUUAGUUUUUGUUUAUCGAGAGAGGACUUUACUUUUUGCCUACUCAGUCCAUAGUAGCACCUGUUGGCAAGAGUGAUUCUGCGUUGGAUUUCAAGGCUGACAUUAUUAUCGGUGUUGAUGCUGGUGCCUAGGUAUACGAAAUUAUCUACAACUUCAAAGUUAUGACUGUCAACAGUGACGUGGAAGCCAAGACGCAAAUGCGCUGACUGUUUGUUUAAUGACAGGAGAUAUUUCGUUAUGCCCUCGUUCACCCAUUCGCUUCUCUUUCCUAUCCAGGCGGGAAAAAGCAGAACUAACGGCGGUGGUGUUGUUUCCAAUGAUAUCGAUAUCAUCGGCGUACGCCAGCAGCUGUACACUCUUAUAGAAUAUUGUACCUUCUCUAUUUAGCUCUGCGGCUCGUACUAUUUUUUCCAGCAUCAGGUUAAAGAAAUCACACGAGAGUGAGUCACCUUGUCUGAAACCUCGUUUGGUAUCGAGGAGAGGUCCUUCCCGAUCCUGACGGAGCCUUUGGUGUUGCUCAACGUCAGCUUAUACAGCCGUAUUAGUUUUGUGGGGAUACCAAAUUCAGACAUCGCGGCAUAAAGGCAGCUCCUAAAGGUCCAACCAGUUUGUUGACGGUGGGCUUUAGUCUUUCACACAGUAUGCUCGAUAGAACCUUAUAAGCGAUGUUAAGGAGGCUUAUCCCACGAUAGUUGGCGCAGAUUGUGGGGUCUCCCUUUUUGUGGAUUGGGCAGAGUACACUGAAAUUCCAAUCGUCGGGCAAGCUUUCUUCGACCAUAUUCCGCAAAGAAGCUGAUGCAUGCACCCUAUCAGUUCUUCGUCGCCGUAUUUAUAUAGCUCGGCCCGCAAUCCAUCGGCCCCCGCCACUUUGUUUUGUUCUUCAAGCGCCAUUUAGCAGGCUCUUCCACAAACUAAGUAUACUCUGGUCAUCAAUAACUAGAUCACCUCUGGGUGUCCUACAGGAGUGUUCUCCGGUCUUGAAACCUUCAGUUAGUCGCCGUAUCUUUUCGUAAAAUUUUCGAAUAUUUCCCCUGUCGGCCAGCUUGUCAAGCUCUUCCUACUCACGCAUUUCGGCCUCUUUUUGUUUGUCUGCAAAUGCGUCUCGCUUCCCUCUUCAGCUCUUUAGCUGUUUUACCUCGAAAUAAUACGGAUGAUUGCCGACCGCUCAGGUAGUUCUUAAUCCAUCUCUUCAGCCCCGGAGAAAGUGUUGUUUGUUCUUCUAGUAGCGUUGUUAAGUUGACCGUGUCAAAAGCUUUUGACAGGUCCAACGCCAUUAGGACGGUUAUCUUACAGGGUGGUUUUUGAUUAAGACCAUGAACUAUCUGGGCGAUUAUGACGCUAAGUGCUGUGCACUUUACGGAAACGAUGUUGAUGUUCUGCAAGGCCUCAAGUGUCUUCACUACUGGGGAAAGGAGAGUUAUUGGGCGAUAAGACUCCCCUUGGUUGGCGGGUUUCCCAGGUUUCAGCAGUGGAACCGCUCUUCCGAUUUUCCAAAUAUCGCGUAUUUUAAGAGUGGUUAGCGACAAAGUAAGUUGAUAUUCGUUACUUCGCACUUAGUUUUAAUUUAUUUUUUAAUAUCUAUAAUCUAGUAAGUAGAUUAAAAAAAAGGUAUUUUAAAAGAUUUAAAAAAAAAAUUAUUCUAUAGUAAAACACUAUAUUUAACAAGUAAGGCAGGGCUAUGUUCUAGUGUAACCAAACAUAUUAAUUUUAUUGACAUAAUACCAGACACACCAGACACAUACGAGCAAAAUUAAUGGACAUUGAGAAGUGCUAUACCCCUGACAGACCGCGGCAUUAAUUUGGAUUAACUGCUUUAAUCGGGGUUAAUUCUCAGACUCCGUUUUCUAAUAUUAUGUUCCCACAGAAAAAUUGAAGUAAUUAAAUUACACUCAAUGUAAUUAAUAAUUAAUACAAUGUUCUCACUGCCGUUGGAGAUUUACGAAUCAGCUGUUUUUGACAUUCAGGCAUAAACACCAAAUAUUUAUUAAAGGAAAAUAUUGUAAUGUCGUACUUUGUUAUAAAAAUUGUCUUUUUUUUAUAAAUAUUCUCCACUCAAUGGAAAUAAUUGAGGAAUUGUUUGAUUUGAACCGCCUAGCAAUGAAACGUUUGUUGCAUGCACACAUAAUACUCAAAAUGGGUAGUCUACAUGGAGCAAAUUCAGCAAGGUCUAUUUGGAUGAAGGUACAUACAUGUGUAUGUAAAUAUUGGUAUUAUAUGUGCAUAUUAUAAUGUAAUUCGUUUAAUUAUAAUGUGUAUAUAAUUCACACUCGUGGCCAAAUGUUUUGGGAAGUCGAUUGUCAGAUGAAUUCAGAUGCAUUCUGUAAAAGCGAAUGAAGCGCAAAUCAUUCAAUAAAUUGUGCAUUAUGUUGAAAGGCUUGGAGAAGAACUACCGGAAAACAAUUCAAUUAGAAAAACGCAUUGCUAUUGCUUUAUAUGCUCUUGGCGCUUCUGCAGAAUACCGAACAAUUGGAAAUAUGUUCGGAAUUGGUAAAAGCACUGUCUGCUCCAUUCUAAUUGAGUUCUGCCAUGAAGUCUGGCGAUGUUUGUGGCCAUUGUAUUUGAAGAAAUUCCCAAUGAACGAAUUUCAAGUGCGGGAGUAUAUAAAUGGUUUUGGGUUUCCCUCAAGUGUUAGGAGCUAUAGAUGGUUGUCAUAUAGGAGUUCGCCCAGCAGCAGAAGAUGCUGUUGACUACUACAAUUACAAAGGCUGGUAUUCCACAGUUCUUUUGGCUUUAGUAGAUGCAAGAUGCCGCUUUAUAUACAUCAACGUUGGUAGUCCAGGCCGUUGUAAUGACUCUUCAAUAUUUGAGAGUUCAUCUUUAAAACGCCAGUUGGCACAAUCUAGUUUAUUUUAAGACAUGAGUAGACAAAUUUCGUCAAUUAAUGUUCUAGUAGUUUUAUUGGGCGACUCUGCGUUCAAAUUAGAUGAACAUUUGAAGAAACCCUACCCUUUUUGUGUAAACCAACCUUCGGAUAAAAAAAAAAUUUAACUAUGUUCUCUCGAAAUGUCGAAGAGUGGUGGAGAAUGCUUUCGGUCGUUUAAAGGCAAGGUUUAGACGCGUUGGCAAAGGCUUGGAUAACCACAUGGUCAACACGAGAGCUGUUAUCAAAACGUGCUGCGUUUGAAAAUGAUGAAAUUAAUGAAAAGUGGAUUGCAUCACAACAAAUCGAAAACGAAACUCGACAGUUCCCAGAAAACGUCUCUUACGUUUGUGGAAAUGUUAACACAAGAGCAGAGGAAAUAAGACAAGCGUUUGUUUCAUAUUUCGGUCAGUAAUUAUUUGAAAUUAUUUUUUUAUUUAUUCCACUACAAAAAAACCAAUAUUUCUAAAUUUUAUAUACAUAUAUAUAAUAUAUACAUUUCUUAAGUUUAUUUAUAUUAAUAUUUUCCAAUUCAUACAUUCUUUUUAUUAUAUUCAUUUAUUCAUUGACAAUUCAUUUUCAUUUAUUUACAUAUGUAUGUAUCUUAAAACUAAAACUUAAAUUUAUCUUCAUUUUUUAAAUUCAUUUACAUUUUUAUUUACAUAUCUUAAAACUAAAACUUAAAUUUAUCUUCAUUUUUUAAAUUCACACAUAUACAUAUCUUAAAACUAAAACUUAAAUUUAUAUUAGUUUUUUAAAUUCAUUUACAUUUUUUAUUUACAUAUCUUAAAACUAAAACUUAAUUUCUACUUAAAUCUAGUUUUGGCGACGAAGGAAGUCGAUGAAAGCGUCCUUCAUUUCUCUGACAUCGUUCACAUACAUGUGUAACAUGUCCAGACGCUUUUCAUCGGCUUCCUUCAUCGCCUCAGUCGCCUUUAGAAAUCGUCCCGCAUCUCCUCCAUUACCAUCACAGCCGUUUUUUUCUUCCUACUAGCCUCAUUUGACGAUGGCCGAGUCGAGCUACCCGAUGUAGAAGGGCCAACGUCAGGGCUCGGGAGCGGCGACUCCCCUUCUAUUUCUUCCUCCAGGUAAAUCGCCUCCAUAUCACCUGAAAAUAUGCAUACAUAUUAAAAACUUUGUGCAAACAAAUAAAAGCAUAAAAACAUUCCAUAAACGUUUUUCAUUUCGAAUUAUGGAACCUCCAAUACAUUUAAAACUUACCCUGUCCUCCACAAGCUCGGCGGAAAAAAAGCUCUUGUAGCCGCCUACCGCUUGGUGUACCGCUUCGUACAAUUUCCAUGUACUCGGGGAGCCACCCGAUGGUCCAAUUUUUUGUUUCUCUUGCCUAAAAUUAUAAAAAAUAAUACUCAAUGAUGUACAUACGUUUACUGCAUAAUUUAUUACCUACCUGUAUUUGUUUGUAAUUAAUUAUGUAAUUUUAUUUUUAUUUCCUGCGCGGUAUAUAUAUGGCCAACAUAUACCAUGGCACAGGACAUCUCCUCAUAUAUGUGGCUGUUCUUCCUUGCAGAACGAAGCUGUGGCAUUUUUUCUUGCCACAGCUGAAUUAAAUCGGCCUCGGCAGCCUCACUCCAAACCACACGUUUCUUUUUUAUGCAUGUUGCCAUUAUUUUGUUUUAUUUUAUAAUUUUAUUUAUAUUUAUUUGCACUUUUUUGUUUUUUGAUUUUAACUUUUGUCUGUUACUUUCUCUUAUUUUAAAAUUGUGUGUUUAUUUUUUUCACUUUGACAGUUUGUAGUGUCCAAAUCAGCUGCGAUUAAACAAAUGUGACCAACAGAUGGCGCAAAAUCAGAGUCGCAUAGGGUGAUUUAGAGUAGUUCAGCUUCAAAUCGCUUCGGUAAAGUGAUUAUGAAGUGUCAUUUUUGUAUGGCGAAAUCUUGUUAAAUCCAGCGGUUUAGUGAGUUAAACGUCUCAAUAACCUAAACCUCGGUGAUUAGCGUCUGUGGGAACAUAACAUAGCACCCAUUUAAUCCUCAAAAUUUUAGAGAGUUAGUGGGUGUUUGUGGCAUUUUCGUUGGCAACAUUGUUAAACAUGGCCGCUUUUAACCUAUUGUGAAUGAAAAUAUGAGAUACUGAAAGCUGUUUUUCAAUUAAAUGUAAACAAAAACAUACGCAUACAAUGAAAUAGUUCAUUUUCUCUAAAAUGGAAGAUCUAAUAAUAAAGUAUUUAUGUAUAUUUGUUUAGUAAUUAGUGAUUUUGUACUAAGUGCAACUAUCAACCCAAUAUUUGCUUUCUAUCCAAUUUUAUUUUACCAAAAUGGAAAUAUUAUUGCCAAUCAGUUGUUUAUGGGAGUUUAUAACUCGCUUUGCUGCCGUCUGUCACCUACAUAUUUUGAACAGAUUAAAAGCGCAGUUAAUCCGAAUGAACUCUGCCGUAUGUCUAGGCUAUUGAUGCGCAUAGAAAUUUUAUGGUAAUAGACGGCAGACUUGUGCGUUUAGACAGUUGAUUGAAAAAUCUAUCAGCACAUAUUCGUCGCUGGUUAUCGUUGUUGUUGUUGAAACUGUUCUCUGUUUGCUUUCUGCCAUCUAAAAACAUUAAAAUUAGUUAUUGUUAAUAUAUUUGCACAUAAUUUAAUUAGCAAAAAAAACAUAAUAAUUUCGUUCUUCUUCUUCUUUGUAUCAAUAAGCACUCAUAAUAACAAAAGCAAAAGUCGGUAAUUUUAGGCAGCAUUGCCAGCUCAAAUUUGGAGAAUUCAGCUAAAUGCACGAAAUUUUUGUGUAUUACUGAUCUGCAUUAAAAUGAGUGAUAUGCGCAAGUUAAAGCAAAUCAAGUCCGCUAAUGUAGAUUAUCGCUGCCGUCUGUCGAGGCUACAAAACAUAAUUUAACCCAUAUAUUCGUCAUAAAGUCCACUAGAAUAGCCAAAAUAAUCAUAUAUUUUAAAUAAGCGCUGAAGUAAUUCCUGAACCGAUUACACUAAUUUUCACCACCAAGUUACAUUAUCUACAAGAAUAUACGCUCACUUAAGUUGAAUAAGUUAUUUCAAAUAUCAACCGAUGUAUAAUGAAUGAAGCCCAACGUAUUUUUUAAAAACCUAUAAUUUGGUAUACGGGAGCUGGAGGGAUGAUUACACUUAGGCACUGAAUUCUUCAUGUUCGACAUCCGCGGUUGUGAACCCAUUUUCUAUCUGUAAUAUCAAGAUGACAAAAUAAUAUUAAGUACCGAAUCUCAUUGAAAUCGGACAAGCAGUUUCUGAGAUAUAGUGUUUACGCAAAAAUGGGCGACGCCAUGCCCACUUAAAUUUUAUUUCAAUUACUGAGUGCAGCUUCUAACUGGCAUUUUUUUAAAUAAUUUUCUACAUAACCUAUAUAUGGGAGAUAGGCGUGGUUAUUAUCCGAUUCCAACUAAUUUGAUAAUAUUUAAUGGGGUACAUAAGGGAAAUAACUGCACAAAGUUUGGUUUAUAUAGCUUUAGUGGUUUGCGAGAUAUAAACCUAUUUACAGGUGCAGCCACUUCCACAUAAAAAAAAAACAAAUAUCUCAUUCCCAAGUGCGAUCCUCUGUGCCAAAUACUACUUUCAAAACUUUAUUUAUGGCUUAGUUAUUACAUUUAAUAUGUUUUCUUCUUCAUUUUGUGAACGUGUAAAUAGACCGAUUUCGUACAUUUUCAAUAGCAACCCUCUCACAGCCCCAAGGAACAUGUAUACAAAGUUUUUUCAAGAUAUCUUAAUUUUUACUCAAGUUAUCCGUUGCACGGACAGUCAGACGGACGGACAGACAGAUAUCUGAAUUUCAAUUCUGACUUACAAACAAACGUUAUGUGAACAAAACUCUUUGCAACAUGUUGCGAGAGUAUACAAAUAAUACAAAACUUAUUAUAAGAAAAUGUAAUUCAUUUCGAGAAACAAAAACAAGACUGUAUUCUAUCAAUGUAUUUACUGAAAAUUAUCGAGACAUGAAAGAGGACCACGCGGACAUUGUGCGCAAUAAGUAGUUACAAGUUCGGCCUUCUUCCUGGAGUUUGUAGUUUUCUGUUCGGAAUCGUAAACUCCGCAACGAUGUCUUUUUCGCCUUCCAUCAUCUGUUACCUCCGCUGAUAUCGUCAAAACUUGCUUGCCUUGAUGAGGUGUUUGCGCUAUUUCUUCCAUAUUUUCCGAAAGUCAGAUUUUAUAUGUAUAUAUUGGAAAUAUUUCGGUUGCAUAAAAUAUAUGUACGAGUUUAUAACCGUCGUAUUUAAUGGGUUACAUCUAGUUAGAAGGCCAAAAAAUUAAGUUAUUUAAAUUUUUUCCAGAAAAAACUUCUAAAAUAAAAGUAUGGCAACUUUGAAGAGUAUAUAAUAAUUGUUAAAAUUGUGUUAAAAUAUAAAAAUAAUUAUUAUCGGUAAUAAGAAAUCUUCGAUUAAGUACUAGAAAAUAUAGUUCAGAAGCCUGUGUAAAAGUUCCGAGAAAUAUUAGUCACCGAAUUUCAAAGCACAGGUUAAAAAAAACAUGGCGUCACACCGGCCUACUACUUUCAAAUGCUCUGAAAAAUUCCAGGAAAUUGUAAGGCUGAUGAGUUGACAAGGCUAGGUACGUCAGUCUUAACCAGAGUAUAAUAGGAACAAGUAGGAUCGCUACAUAUCUUCAUAUGAUUUUCUAAUGGACAGUUGUGCUGAGCUAAGAUGGCCAAGCGCUGGUCGCCGCAAGAUUCUUCUGAUCGAAGAAAAAUUGUAAGCAAUUCUGGUCAGCACUUAAACUUGUGUGGAUAAUACUGGAUAAAGAUAUGCUUUUAUACUAAAACAGUUGGCUUUAUAAACAGAAUCUUCAAAUAAAUUAAAAAACAAAGCAAAACAUUUGUGACGGAAUGCUUAAGUGCGAAUUUAAGUUUUCAUUCACUCGAAAUUCAUGAUACGAAUUUUUCUUUCGUGUGGAAAUUCAAGUGAAAUUCAAUUCAUGCAUUUUUAAAAAUAAUCAAUGAAUUUAUACCUUUAGUCAGAGAAACAUCCAUACCUACUUUAAUAAAAUUGGAG